GCCGCCAGCCAACUUCUGCAGCUGGCUGUGCGCGCAGCUCUGUGCGUACCUCCGCAGGACCAGCUGCUGCCUUUUCUCUUGUCCCCCUUUCCUCACGUUUUUUGUUUUUGUUUUUUAAAUUCUCCCCCUGCCUGAGAUCCCCAUGGAAGCCCCAGAAGGGCUUGUGCUGUGGACUGACAGCUCUCCGUGGGGUGCUGCCUGCUCCCAACCGGCACAGCACGAGGGGCAAUGCCGCCGGGAAUGAAGCGCUCUGCAUUCACUGCAUCUGCUGGAGCCAGGGCUGGCCGGUUGCCUCCCCUCCAACCAGCUGUUCCCUUUAAUCACUGCGCUCCUAACUUUCGCUUUUCAAUGCCUGAUGGCCACUCGAUCCGAGCCAACCACCACGGAAUUUUAGGACCAUAGCCUUCAUUUUCCUAUUUCUAUACAGCACUGGGGAGCCAUGUAAGGACAUUUCUUUCGGAAGGAUUGCAACAUUUUUAGAGUUCUUGCAAACUGGACUGUUUGCGGUCCAGGACAAUUUCUUUUUCUGUCCCUACGGUGAAGCAAGGAGCAGUGUGUGUUCUGCAGGGCUGCUCGGCUGUGGGUGGCAGCGAAAAGUGAUCCCAGAGCAGUCGGGGUGAGAGCAAGGAGUGCCUGCUGCAGUUAGUUGAAUGGUUUGAUAGCUAAUAGCAGACAUGCUUUGUGGACUGAAAAAGGAUUUGCAAUCAGACUUCGAUGAUGGCCCUUACUCGAAGGGGAGCAAGGACUCUGGUGGGAUGGACUCAGCCCUGGUCUCCAGGAGGCAAAGCAUCCCAGAGGAGUUCAGAGGGGUCACCAUUGUGGAGCUGAUCAAGAAGGAAGGAAGCACCCUUGGGUUGACCAUCUCAGGUGGCACGGACAAAGAUGGGAAGCCAAGAGUCUCCAACCUGAGGCCAGGAGGACUGGCAGCAAGAAGUGACCAGCUGAACGUUGGGGAUUACAUCAAGUCGGUGAACGGCAUCAACCUGACCAAGCUGCGGCACGACGAGAUCAUAAGCCUGCUGAAAAACGUGGGCGAAAGGGUGGUGCUGGAAGUCGAGUAUGAGCUGCCCCCAGCUGUGCCAGAAAGCAGUGCUGGCAUUAUUCCCAAGACCAUUGAGGUGUCCCUCUACAAGGAAGGCAACAGCUUUGGCUUUGUGCUCAGAGGGGGAGCCCAUGAAGACUGGCACAAGUCCAGACCGCUUGUGCUCACCUACGUGAGGCCGGGUGGCCCAGCAGACAGAGAAGGGUCCUUGAAAAUCGGGGACAGGCUGCUGAGCGUUGAUGGGAUCCCUCUGCACAGUGUGACCCACGCUGACGCCCUCAACAUCCUGCGGCAGUGCAGCCAGGAGGCACUCUUCCAGAUCGAGUAUGAUGUGACCAUCAUGGAUACUGUAACUAAUGCUUCGGGACCUCUACUAGUUGAAAUAGCAAAGACUCCAGGAUCAACGCUAGGAAUCACGCUGACAACAAGCACGCAUCGGAACAAGCAGGUCAUUGUCAUUGAUAAGAUCAAGCCGGCCAGCGUGGUGGACAGAUGUGGAGCACUGCAUGUUGGUGACCAUAUUCUCUCCAUCGAUGGCACAAGCACAGAACACUGCUCUUUACUAGAGGCAACUCAGCUUUUAGCUGCCACCUCAGAAAACGUCAAGCUGGAGAUAUUACCUGUUCACCAAAGCAGGCUGCCUUUGAAGCCCCCAGAAACAGUCAAGGUGCAGAAGAGUGACCACCACCACUGCUGGGACCCCUGUGUCAACUACUGUCACACCCACCACCCUGGGCACUGCAAGACGCCCACUUGGAACCAGACGCCUGGACAGGAUUAUUGCAAAUCUCUGGUGGCCGCCAACUUCUCAUCUCCCACCAUGAACGCGCAGGGCUUCCCCUGCCAGAACUCGAACACGCUACCUCGCAGCUCCCACCCCAUGAGCCCCCGCACCACCAUGCUGAGGAGGAGGCAGAAGAAAAAGGAGCACAAGAGCUCAUUGUCGUUGGCCUCCAGCACGGUGGGUCCUGGCGGGCAGAUAGUCCACACGGAGACGACAGAGGUGGUGCUCAGGGGAGACCCUUUGAACGGCUUCGGACUUCAGCUCCAGGGAGGCAUCUUUGCUACUGAAACCCUGUCCUCCCCACCUCUGGUCCGUUUUAUUGAGCCUGACAGCCCGGCAGAGAGGUUAGAGACCUUGCCCUUGGAUGCUGAUGGUGCUGCUGCUGACCAUUUCAUGGUUUGGUGUGGGCUGCUGCAAGUGGGAGACAGAGUCCUUUCUAUCAAUGGCAUUGCAACUGAGGACGGGACUAUGGAGGAAGCUAAUCAGCUUCUGCGGGAUGCUGCGCUGACGAACAAAGUGGUGCUCGAAAUUGAAUUUGAUGUUGCAGAGUCUGUCAUACCCAGCAGCGGCACUUUCCAUGUUAAAUUGCCCAAGAAAAGAGGUGUAGAGCUUGGAAUUACAAUCAGCUCUGCGAGCAGAAAGCCUGGGGAGCCUUUGAUCAUCUCCGACAUCAAGAAGGGGAGUGUAGCACAUAGAACUGGCACCUUGGAGCCGGGAGACAAGCUGUUAGCCAUUGAUAACAUCCGACUCGACAAUUGCUCAAUGGAGGAUGCUGUGCAGAUUUUAAGGCAAUGUGAAGACCUGGUCAAAUUGAAGAUUAGGAAGGAUGAAGAUAACUCUGAUGAGCAGGAGACAACCGGUGCCAUAAUCUACACGGUGGAACUGAAGCGAUAUGGUGGUCCCUUGGGAAUAACCAUCUCUGGGACGGAGGAACCCUUUGAUCCCAUUGUCAUUUCGGGCCUGACAAAAAGAGGGCUGGCAGAAAGAACCGGAGCCAUCCACAUCGGUGACCGAAUACUUGCAAUCAAUAAUGUGAGCCUCAAGGGCAAGCCACUGAGUGAAGCAAUCCACCUGCUGCAGAUGGCAGGGGAGACAGUAACGCUGAAGAUCAAGAAACAGAUGGAGAAAUCCUAUCCCAAGAAGUCUGGGAGUAUAAAUGAAGCGAGUGACCCCGAAGACGAACUGACGGACUCCCAGAAAACAAGCAAGCUGUCUGAGAUGUACUCUACCACUAUUCCUAGUGUAGACAGUGCUAUGGAGUCCUGGGAUGGCUCCGGCAUUGAUGCUGGGUAUGGAAGCCAAGGUACGUACAUACCUCAGGCUGCAGGCAUUGCCCUUCAUCCACAUGAAUGGAGACACAGCAGGCAAAAGAGCAGCACCCCUCCUGCGGACCCCAGGAAAAGCUACCCCUUCAUGGAUGGGAGCUUCAGUGAAGAUGACUGGGACAAGCCCAGCAGAUACCCCAACCGCCAAAAUGGCCUUGAGACCACUCACGAGGAUAGUUUUUGGCGUGUUUUUGGAGAAGCUUUGGAGGAUUUGGAAACAUGCGGCCAGUCUGAACUUUUGAGGGAGAUUGAGGCAUCCAUCAUGACAGGGAGCGUGCACAACCUGGGCCUGGAGGGCAGCAAGCUGCUCCUGGACUCUGUCAACCCAUCGGGGCUGAGCCCAUUGAGGAAGGCAAACUCCGGCUGUGACAACGGGCAGACUGAGAGCAGCAGCUCCCCUGCCAAGAAGAAUGAGAGGAACCUGGACAUGAAGAAGAUGGAGAAGGAGAUGCAGGAGAUCAUGUCCCCUACCCCCCUCGAGUUUCACAAGAUGACACUUCGCAAAGACCCAGAGAGCGAAGACUUUGGAUUCAGUGUGUCAGAUGGCCUGCUAGAAAAAGGUGUCUAUGUAAAUAUGGUCCGUCCGGAUGGGCCAGCAGAUCAGUGUGGCCUCAAGCCAUAUGACAGAGUGCUUCAGGUAAAUCGCGUCCGAACGAGAGACUUUGACUGCUGUCUGACUGUCCCUUUGAUCUCAGAGGCUGGAGACAAGCUGGACCUGGUGAUCAGCCGCAACCCUUUGGCUGCCAACGCUCCUCUGGAGGGGAAUGGGGAGCUGCUGGCACAGGCAGCCCACACCGAGGUCAAGGCGAGCGUCCAGACACUGUGAGCAGCCACAGCGGAUGGUACCUGGGGCCUCUGCUGAGCCAUUCUGGUAUUUGGGGUGUUCUUCCUGUUUUUUGCACUGGUAUUUGUAAAUGCUGUGUGUAUCAUCAGCUCCAAGGGGGGAGGUGGGUCUUCAGUGAGCUGUCACCUGUAGGCCACCCAACGCUGCUGGGAAGGUUGAAGCUGGAUGUUUGUUUCUGGGGCUGGGGUGAGCUGUUGCAUCCCCAGUGCAUUGUGGUGCACGGGGUCUCCUGCCCCAGCACCUCCUCGCUCUUCAGGCCUUGGCCAUCCUACAGACACACAUGGUGCUAUUUUUAUCCUUGUUUGCUCUGUUUAUCACAUACAGCAAGAUUGAAAUGCCAUUCUUUUUCUGUUGUACCCAGCUCCACCCUCCAAACGCUCCCCAUACAUUGAUUCCUGCAGUCCCUUUCUCUCCUGCUAUCAGGCUAUGGAGGGCCCUGUUUAAAGACAAUUCAAAAUGCACUUGAUGGUGUCUAGGUGCAGUUCUUGUUCAGAAAUUUAUGUUUGCAGCUGCCUCACGCUGGCCCCUUCCAUGCUGCCCCAGCAGGGCUGGCUCAGCCCAGUGCCCACUGCCCACUGCCCAGGGCACCUCGUCUCACCAUCAGCAGUGCAGUUGUCCGCGCCACACAGCGGCUAUUAGAGCAGAAGGCUGUGCCCAAGGCUGAAGACCCUAAAUGCCUGCUACUGUUUUUCAGAUGGUUAUGGAGAUAAUGCAAGUAAAAAGCAGAAGUGUUGUUAUCUAGGGCAGUUGAUGUUUUGAAUUAAUAGAACCUUCUUGUCCCCUGCCAGGCAGUGACGUGAGAAGUCCCACGGUAGAUGGAGAUUGUACAUCCCCUGCCCCCACCUGCACUAGCAGUGCCUAGGUGGCUUUGUUUUGUUAACCCCUUGCCUGUUGCUGGCCUUCCCAUGGCCUCCAAGCAUGGUGCCCCUAUUGUCCCCAAUGUGUGUAUUGUCCCCAGUGUGCCCCCAAGCCAUGGGGAGGAGGCAGCUGAGGUAUUUGCAUCGGCUUCAGUCUGCAGGAGACACAGUCCAUCUGGCUGUGGGCUCCUCCUCCUCUCUUUGCUGUGAGUUCCUCCUGUGGCAGAUGUGAGCUGCGCUCUGUGUUCCAUGUCUUAGCACUUUAUGAUGACAUUAGCAUCCUGGCACCCUGGCAUUGCUUUGCCCAUGAAGGCUCACAUGUGGUGGUAUGGUGGAGGUGAAGAACUUGCAUGGUUGUGGGCAGCAGCCCUGGUGACCACUGCCCCCAUUACCCCACUCACCAUUUCAUUUCCUCCAUCACCACCCCAUACCAGGGCUGUGUUUGGGUGCCAUAGAGCUGUGUGCAGCACGUUCCUCAUUUUGCUGAGCCAGGACUCACUUCUGCAUCCAUCUCUACUUUGCAGCUCUGUCCUUCCACAAUAGCCCAGCAUAUUGGGGUGUUUCUUUGAGGCAUGUCCAGCCCCAUCCAGCUACUUGUCAGUGUAGCCAUUUUCUCUUCAAGUAUGCAAUAUCCCAUACCAUUGCUGCCACAACUAGAUGACGUGCCAUAAUUGAUACUGUGGAGCAUUGACAGUGCAGCCGAAAGUGUUUUUAUAUGCAAUAUUCUGAACAGUGGAAGCUCGCUGGGGCUUCUCAUAGGUUUUUAAUGAAGACUUUUAUUAAAGGCUUUAAAAAAAAAAAAAAAAAGAAAAACUUGGUCCUUGUAUCCCUUCCUAUGCAUUUUGAAUGAUAUGAAGAUGAAAUGCAUUACUUAAAUGUGUAUUUUUAUCCAUAUAUUAGAGUGUAUUCCUUGUAAAGUAUUUUUAUAUGCUGAUUUUCUUAUGUAUCUAUGAAAGCACAAUAUUUAAAAGUACAGCAUUUCAAAAAAUAUUUUAGUCCUGUUUUGGACCUAUUUGU